AUGAGCCCUUCAUCACCACAAAAUAUCCAAGGUCCAAGUUCAACCUCACCGGACACACGUACAUCACCUUUCUUAUUGGAUCGAAAUGAGACAAGCCACACUACUGAAAGCGCGGGACUGCCUACCGCAGAUCACACCGCACAAGAUCAGACUAAUGCCUCGCCUGAUAUUAUGGUAAUAUCAGACGACUCUGAAAACGAUGAGAACCGCCCGCCAUCGCAAAUAAGAUCACCUGCAGCUGAUCGUGCUACAAAUUCGCGUGCGCGAGUUUCAACUUCCGGAGCUCGUUCUCGUGCCCUUGCCCCCACUGCCCUUGCUGUGCCUGCGGGGGCCACCCCUUCCAAGCCAGCCCGCCAGGCGAAGUCUGCGCUACCGAAAUUCCGGCGCGUAGACGAGCGAUUCUUGCUUCCUACGCACUGUUACAAUAUUAUGAUCAAUGCCUCGAUAUAUGAGUCAUUGAAAUCAUAUCUUGUGGCCUUGGGACAUACAGAAGAUGCAACUUUUCCAUGGCUGAGAGUCAUCAACGACUUCGUCCACUUAUACUUUGAACACUUUGAUCAUGACUAUCCUGUGAUCCAUCCUUAUGCUCUAGAAUUCGGACACGACAAAGCCUCGUGGAUGGUGCUACUGGCAGUGAUCACUGUUGGAAGUCAAUAUAGCGCUUUCAGCAAUGCGAGUCAAUUUUCAACACACUUUGGGGAGAUAUUGUCUCAAGCAAUAGCACAAAACCAACCCCAAUCGCCCGAAUCAACAACAUUGUCCUAUGUGCAAAGCGUAUUUCUCAAUGAUGUGUUCUUGAUGUUUGGCGGGUCUCAAAAAGCGCAGUUGAAGCUGCAGUAUGAGCGAAAUGUACUGGUCACAUUGGCUCGUGUUUUGAAGGCCGACCCAUGCAUUAGAACCAGGACGUCGCAAGUUCCAAGACAGUGGAAAUCCUGGCUUGCCAGGGAAUCGCGCAUUCGUCUAAUUCAUUGCAUAUUUCAACUUGAGUGUUUCCAGCUCAUUCUAUUCGAUCGUCAGCCAAUAUUUGCGCAGCAUGAACUUCCCGAGGAGCUCCCCUGUCGGCAAUCGCUAUGGUGCCGCAGGAAUGCCGACAAUUUUGUCCACAUGCACCAGAAUAGCCAAAAUACUCCAAACUCUCCAUCCACCCAAAUCGAUGUAAGGAAAGCCAAUGAAACCAUGGCAGCGUUGGAUGCUUUUCGUCGAAAUCUCUUCAUGUUGUCGCUUUACAGCGAGGAGAGAUUGUUUCUUGACAAUAUGUCAUAUUCUUCAAUUUGGAAAUCAAGUCUAGGCUAUCCAGCCACUGGUGCACCAGCUCAGGAGCAAUGGGCGCAUCCAUCGUUGACUCCCUCGGGUCUGCGUGCAACGAUGUUUCGUUCGAUGGAUGAGAUAUUUGCGAUCAUCCCCACAUCAGCUAAACCAGACUACAUUGCCGCUAGAGAUGUCAUCCACCACGUGUUAUGCCUGCUACGGCAAGUGUCGCUUCAGACACUGGAGUCAUUCUCAGGGUGGCAAGGCAAUGAUGCCCAAGACGACGCGUCAAUACGCAGCCUGAAACAUUGGAUGGAAAACAAUGCAUCCAAUGCCAGAAAAUGUUUGUGGCAUGCUAUAUGUGUUUUCAGCACAUUGAAAUCUAAGCAGAAGUUUGCUUGUCACGAUCCGCUAUGUUUCUUGAUGGCUUUCUUCUAUAUAUGGGCGUUCGAUACAUUUGUGGUCGCUCCUGAAAUCGAAAAGCCGGAUGCUUCGACUAAGGAGAUUCGGUUGUUGGACACCCGAGAGAUUUCAAUUUGGAUCGCCGAAGGCCCUAACACCCAACUUAAUCUAGUUGGGGUCGGUAUUCUGAACGGCAAAGCAAGCUCGUUCCGUCUGCUAACGGAGGUUUGCUUGAUCUUCUCAAAAAAGAAGUCUUGGCCGGUUCUUUGUCGAGGCCUGGCGUCUGCAGUUGAUCAGCUUCUACAGAAACAGAAGUUCCCUAAUGAAGCUGCCCCAGAAGACAACAACAAUCCACAGUCUUGA